AUGGCUACAGUAACGGAUGAGAAUUAUUUAAGAGAAAAUGGUUUAACUGAUACAACUGGAAUCAUUUUGGCAUCAUCAACAACAAAUAAAAAUGAAGUUGAUGAUGUACCAGAUUAUAAUGAGGCAUUUCCUCAAUUAUCUUCUGGUCAAUUAGAUAUAAAUCGUUCGAAUACAUUUUUUUCUUCAUCACCAUUUUCAUCAUCAUUAAAUGGAAUAGGUAACAUGGCUCAUACAACAUCAUCAUUACAGUCUUCGAUAAAGAAUGAUGAAGAUCGACGACGUAAAAUAGGAAAUUAUGAAAAAUUAGCUACAACUAAAAUUAUUGAAAUUCCUCCAGAAGAACAACGUAUUGCGGAUAAUUCUCGACGUGCUGCUAAUCAAUCAACACGUAAUAAUGGUGCUAAUAAUCCAUCCAUUACUAGUGGACAACCACUACAAAAAAUUUGUAUGCGAAUUCAAAAAGAAACAUCUACAAAUAUAACAUUUUUCAAUGCAGAUCAAAAUUUAAUUGUUACUAUUACCGGUCGACCAGAACAAGUUCGUUUAGCUCAAGUCCUUAUUAGUCGUGAAUUACAAAAACCAGUUAAAAUUGAAGUAGAUAUUCCAUUGGAUUUUCAUCGUUUUAUUAUUGGUCCACGUGGUUCAAUAUUAAAAUUAUUAGAACAAGAAACUUUAACACGUAUUGCUGUACCAUCACAAGGUAGUCAAUCAAAUUUUAUACUUGUAUCAGGCGCAAAAGAUAAUGUGAAAUUAUGUGAACAAAAAAUUCUUGAAUUAUAUCAUAUACAAUUGAAUAAAGGUUAUGAACGCUUAAUAAUACCAUAUCUGUAUCAUCCAUGGAUACGUUAUCAAUUUGUUAAUGAAUUACAUCGACAAUUAAAUGUUACUAUUGAUUUACCACCACCUAUUAAACAAACAGAUGAAAUAUCUAUACGUGGAGAACGUGAACCUGUUGAACAAGCUAAAAUAAGAAUUAUGCAAUUUUUUAAAAAUAUGGAAGGAAAAAUAAUGACAUUUCCUCUUGAAAUUCCAUGUGAACAACAUCGUUUUAUAUUGGGUAAAAAAGGUGCUGGUUUAAAAGAAAUUUUUGAUAAAACAAAUGUUGUUGUUCGUAUACCGAAUCAAGAAGAAAAUUGCUCAACAAUUCAAGUUAUUGGUGAAACAAAUAAAAUUGGUGAAGCUAUAACAAUGAUUUAUAAAAUGGCAAAUGCAUUAACUGCUGUACAAAUUAGUGCACCGCAUUGGAUGCAUAGUGUUGUUAAAGGUGAACGUAAUGCUAAUCUUGAUAUAAUACGAAAAUCUCAUCCAGAUGUACGAAUGUAUUUUCGUGAUGAUCAUAUUGCAAUAGAAGGUCCACCGGAAGAAGUUGAACUUGUUCGUAGUCAAGUUCAAACUGUUAUUGAUGAUUUACGAAAUACAAAUACAACAUAUUUAGAAGUUGAUAUUGAUCCUCAAUAUUAUAAGCAAUUAAUUGGAAAAAAUCAAAUACGUUUAAGUGAAAUACAAGAACAAACAAAUUGUGAUAUUAAAUUUCCUUUUGAUGAAAGUCGUCAUGUAAAAUUAAUGGGUUCAAAAGAAAGUGUUGAAAAAGCCCGACAAAUUUUACUUGAACGAGUUCAAAAAUUGUCCAAUGAACGAACAACUGGUGUAAGUAUUGAUCCACAAUAUUAUCCUCAGAUAAUUGGUGUUAAAGGUAAAAAAUUAGAAGAAGUUCGAUCAAAAUUUCAUAAUAUUCAAAUAACAUUUCCUGAUGCAAAUGGUAAAAGUGAUAAAGUUAUUUUACAUGGUGAUAAAGAAGAUGUUGAAAAAUGUUCAAAAUUUUUACAACAAAAAAUAAAAGAUUUAUAUUCAACUGAAAUUGAAAUUUCAAAACGUUUAUAUCCUUUAUUAAUUGGUAAAGGUGGAUCAAAUAUUCAACGUUUACGUGAACAAAUGCCUGAUGUUCGUAUUGAUAUGCCAUCGCCAGAUGAAACAAAAGAUUCUUCACCAAUUCGUUUAAAUGGUAAAAAACAAGAUGUUGAUAAAGCUCGAAAACUUGUUGAAGAACAUAUUGCACAAUUAAAUAUUUCAAUAGAAAAUUCAAUUGAACAAUAUAUUACAAUUGAUCCUAAAUGGCACGGUCGUUUCUUUCAAAAUAAACGUAAAUUAUUAAAUGAUUUACAAAAAAAAUAUGGUGAUAUGUUAAUAAAAUUACCUGAACGUAAUACAAAUUCUGAUCAAGUUCUAUUACGUGGUCCAAAAGAAACUAUUGAACGUGUACAAAAACGUUUAGAAGAAUUAAUUGAUACAUGGCAAAAUACAAUAACAAAAGAAAUGUCUAUUCCACAUCGUCAUUAUGGAUAUUUACUUGCACAAGGUGGAUUAUAUAUUCAACCAUUACAAAAACAACAUAAUGUUCAAAUUAAAUUUCCUCCAAGACAAGAUUCAUCAAAAGAUGCUGAUCUUGUUCGAAUAACUGGCCGUUCGGAUGAUGUUGAAAAAGCUAUAGUUGCGUUAGAAAAAAUGAUACCUGUUGAAGUCACACUUGAUAUUCCAUAUGAAGCACAUGGUCCAUUAGUUGGUAAAAAUGGUAGUCAAUUAGAAACAUUAAUUAAACAAUAUCCUGAUGUACAAAUCACAUUUCCACCAUUAAAUUCAACAUCAAAUAUUGUACAUUUAAAAGGUCAAUCGGAACAAGUUGAAGGCUUAAAAAAAGAUUUACUUGAACGUUAUGAAAAAUAUCAAAUUGAUAAACAAGCACGUUCAUUUGAAUUACGUUUUACAAUUAAACCGGAAUAUCGUUCAUUAAUUAAUGGUUUUCGUCGACGAACAUAUAAUAAUUUAAAACAAAAAUAUGAUGUUAAUAUACAAAUAUCAAAUAGUCAAAUACCAUCAUCAGCUGUUGUACCAACACCAACAACGAAUGCAAUUGAUACAACACAACCACAUGAUGAUCAACAAGCUAUACCACAAGAAAAUCAUAAUUUAUCAACAGAAUUACCAGCAAAUGAUAUUGAAAUCUUAAUCAUUGGUUAUGAAAAUAAAGCAUUAGCAUGUCGAGAUGAAAUAUUAAAAUUAAUUCAAGAAUUUGAAUCAACAAUAACAAUGGAAAUUGAGAUUGAUCAUCGUAUUCAUGCACGUAUUAUUGGUACAGGCGGACAAAAAUUACAACAAAUGAUGAAAGAUUUUGAAGUUGAAGUUAAAUUUCCAAGUAAUAAUCAAAGUAGUAAAGUACAUGUUAUUGGUACAAAUCAAGAAAAAAUUGAUGCUUGUAUUGAUCAUUUAUUAAUAUUAGAAGAAGAUUUUCUUCAAGAUCUUCCAUAUAAUAAACAAAAUGGUUUACAAGCACAAGGUGAAUUAAAAUUAGGACAACAAUUAUUAAAUACACAACAACAAGAAGUACCAUUAUCAAAUAAUUUAACAAAUAUUCAAUCAACGAAAAAACCUAAUAAUAAUAAACAACAACGACAAGCACCAUUUAAAGUUAAAAACGCACCAUGGACAUCAGGAGAACAAAAUGGAUAUGAAAAUGAACAACAAGGUACAAUGAGAAAUGGACAUAAGAAAUCAUCAAAGAAAGGAUCAAAUGCACCAAAUAAAGAUGAUUUAGGCGAAUUUCCUACGUUUGCAAAUGGUCUUACAUUAACAACUGAUGAUAAUUCAUCACAAGUACACGAAACAACAGUGAAUGCAAUACCUAUCAUUUGGGGUCCUUCAAAACGAAACAAAUAG